CUCACAAACAACAUAGCACCCAUCAUUGAUUGUACCACCUAGCUAGUUCCUUGAAAUCUCUUUCCUUAGCAUCCAGAUCAUCAUGAGUUUUCUUUCCAAGAGUUCUAGCCAAGGGGCUCCCAAAGGCUCUAAAGGUUUGCCUUCGAAGCAUGUUUCAAAGGGUGCUGAAGGUACAGGAUCAUCGUUUCCCAGCAUCUCCUCCAAGAUGAAAAUCCCCUUCGGGAGAAGGUCUAAAGGCAGUAAGGCAAGUAGCGACUCUCAACAACCAUCUCCAAAUAAUGAAAAUCCAGAGACGGAUACAGAACCGGCCCCCUCACAGGACGCUGAUGGUAAAACCACGUUUAAACCAAAGAAUCUUGGCAUCUUUUCGGAGGAAGAAAGUCAAGCUUGGACAAUUUCUGAAAGGGAUAUUGCAGAGAUGCUAGAGGUGUGCUGGCUUGAUGUAACUGGUUCAAUGACUGCUACCAAAGGGAAGGCGUAUGAAAUUAGCUUCAUAUUAUCCAUGAAUGAAGAGAAUUCCUUUGGCUGGGAAGAUCCUGUUUAUGUGAUGGCAAGGAUAGGAGAGGAGGGAGAGUAUACGCGCGUAAAAAUAGAUCUAUCCAAGUUAGGCCUGAAAGAAGAGGAAUUUCCGGCGGAGAAGUGUCGGGUUGAGUUUAGAAGUGGUGAAAACGCUAAAAGUAUUGAGAAAAAACUCUAUUUUGGCUUGUAUGAAGUGUGGACUAACAACUGGAAGGGUGGUCUACGGAUCCAUGAGGCCAUAGUUCGGGAAUUAACAGCUGAGGAUUCUGCUUCUACAUCUAAUACCCGUUCGGACGACUCCAAAGUGCAAGAAGCUAGUAACAGCUGACAAGUCUACUUCAGCAUCUGAAAACCCUCUGGACUGUUAGUUAUUAAACUUGUUUAUCAAGAUUAAGAGUGUUGCAGUUAGUAUAAUGAAUAAUCAUCCACAUUAGAAAAACUAUGAAU